AUGGAGAAAUCUAGCUACUCCAUCGUCGAGAUGGGGAGGGCGGCCGUUUCCGCGUUGCAGGGGAGGGAGAAGGGGCGGGGGAAGAACGCGAAACAGUUCACCUGGGUCCUGCUCCUGAGGGCUCACAGGGCCGCCGGCUGCGUCGCGUGGCCGGCGGCGACAUUGUGGGCUCUGCUCAGAGCCGCCAAGAAGCGCUUGGAGCUCCGGCAGAGCCUCUCCGGCGACGGCGACAAGGUCCUCUUCAGGUUCAUCAAGGGCUUCCUGGCGCUGUCCCUGGCGACCCUCUUGGUCGAAAUCGUGGCCCACUGGAAGGGGUGGCACUUCCAGGGGCCCCUCCUUCCCCUGCCGGAGACGGAGGAGAUCAAGAGCUGGAUGCACGCGGCCUAUCUCUCCUGGCUCUCCUUCCGAUCCGACUACAUCGCCUCCCCCAUUCAAUCCUUGUCGAGCUUCUGCGUCGUCCUGUUCAUCAUCCAGUCUCUGGAUCGCACCGUCCUUUGCCUCGGCUGCCUCUGGAUCAAGCUUAAGGGGAUCAAGCCCACAAUCGACAGCGACCCCUUCAAAUCCGACGACCCCGAAUCCCCCCACCAACAUUACCCCAUGGUUCUUGUUCAGAUUCCAAUGUGCAAUGAGAGGGAGGUAAUCCUUCUUCUUCUUCUGCUGCUGCUUCUUCUUCUUCUUCUUCUUCUUCUUCUUCCUAGAAACGUGGAGCAAUCGAUGACCCCCGGUGGAUGGAAAUCGUGUGCAGGUGUACGAGCAAUCCAUCAGUGCAAUCUGCCAGUUCGACUGGCCGAGAGAUCGCCUGCUGGUUCAGGUCCUCGACGACUCCGACGACGAGUCCAUCAUGCAGUUGAUCAGAGGCGAGGUCGCCAAGUGGAGCCAGCGGGGGGUCAACAUCGUCUACCGCCAUCGCCUGGUCCGCACCGGCUACAAGGCUGGCAACCUGAAGUCGGCCAUGAGCUGCGACUACGUCAAGGAGUACGAGUUCGUCGCCAUUUUCGACGCUGACUUCCAGCCCAACAGAGACUUCCUCACGCAGACGAUCCCGCAUUUUCAGGUCAUCGUCCUCCCCAUUGACGAGACAUACCCAGUGACCUUCCUGCCUGAAAAUGGCGUCUUUUUGCUCGGAGCAGGGCGACCCCGAGCUUGGCCUGGUUCAGGCCCGCUGGAGCUUCGUGAACAAGGACGAGAACCUGCUCACCCGUCUCCAGAACGUCAACCUGUGCUUCCACUUCGAGGUGGAGCAGCAGGUCAACGGCGUCUUCUUGAACUUCUUCGGGUUCAACGGGACGGCGGGCGUGUGGAGGAGAAAGGCCCUGGAGGAGUCUGGCGGAUGGCUCGAGAGGACCACCGUCGAGGACAUGGACAUCGCCGUCCGAGCCCAUCUCUGCGGGUGGAAGUUCAUCUUCCUCAACGACGUCAAGGUGCUCUUCUUCUGGUCUAUUAACGGCCGUCAUACAUUCUCUCCCGCGUUUGGCGUUGACCCUUCUCUUCGCAGGUCCUGUGCGAGCUUCCCGAGUGCUACGAGGCCUACCGGAAGCAGCAGCACCGCUGGCAUUCGGGCCCGAUGCAGCUCUUCCGCCUAUGUCUCCCGACGAUCAUAAAGUCAAAGGUGAGUGCUCCUCCCUUCUCGGCGGCGGCGGCGCCGCCUCCAAACUUUCCAUUAUAAUGGAUUUCUGAGGAACCAGUCUUGGGGUUUGAAUGGCAGGUCCCGACAUGGAAGAAGGCGAAUCUGAUCCUUCUCUUCUUCCUGCUGAGGAAGCUCAUCCUCCCGUUCUACUCGUUCACGCUGUUCUGCGUAAUCCUGCCGUUGACCAUGUUCGUUCCCGAGGCCGAGCUGCCCCCGUGGGUCAUCUGCUACAUCCCCUUCUUCAUGUCCUUCCUGAACAUCCUCCCGGCGCCAAGAUCUUUCCCUUUCAUCGUCCCCUAUCUCCUCUUCGAGAACACCAUGUCCGUCACCAAGUUCCACGCCAUGGUAUCGGGGCUCUUCCAGCUGGGCAGCUCGUACGAGUGGAUCGUCACCAAGAAGGCCGGGAGGUCUUCGGAGCCCGACUUGCUGGCGGCGGCCGAGAGAGAGUCAAAGCUGUUGACCCAGCAGCAGCUGCACAGAGGCGCCUCUGAGAGUGAGCUCGCCAAGCUGAACGAACAGCGAGUGGAAGCUCCCCCCGUCAAGAAGAAGGCGAACAAGAUAUACAGGAAGGAGCUCUUCCUCGCCCUGCUCCUCCUCACCGCCGCCGUCCGGAGCCUCCUGUCCGCCCAAGGGAUCCAUUUCUAUUUCCUCCUCUUCCAGGGGAUUUCUUUUCUCCUCGUCGGCCUCGAUCUUGUGGGCGAGCAGAUUACGUAA